GACAACAGACCCGUCCUUACUUGGUCCAACCUGUAUCGCUGACGAUCUCAGUGACCUCCAACUUGUGCCUGUGGAGUCCACAGGCACAAGUUCGAAUUCAGCUAGGACACCGAGGCGGGCAUGGGGCUGAACAUCACCGAGGCGACGUGCUGGUAUGGCUUGGCGCAGACGGAGGACGGGUGCGUGCGGACGCUGGCGGCGUACAACCCGGACGCGUACCUGCGCAGUCAGAUUAUCUACUGUGCGUUGGGCGCGGUGAGCGUGAUUGCGAGUGGCUUUAUGUAUUGGCGAGCUGUCAAGUAUGACGGUUCCGCACUGCAGAACUACUGCUUCAUCUUCUGUGCCUACGCCUCCGUCACUUUAAUCGUUCGCGCUGCCGACCCGAGCAGCUACGGCCACAUCAUUCCACGUCCAAUAGCAGGGUGGCUAGCAGAUUCCUGCACUGCAGCGCUGUACUCUGUGUACAUUUUGGCAUUAGGGUACUGGGCUUUGAUCAUCCAACAGGGCGCUGCAGUCGUCGACAAGCCGGCAAGGUUGCAGUGCUUGGAGUCGUCGGCUAUCGCCUUCGUAUGGGCAUUCUACACGGCUUACGACGCGUCUCUCUUCGCGUUCAAAGGCUUUCAGCCGUUUUGGAUGGUCUACAUGCAACUGGUGAUGAGUGCGUGUAUCCUUGGAGCGAUCAGCACGACGUUUCUCAUCUACGGACUUCGAGUACUCUCGAGACUUCAGGCAUAUGAGCGUCAGGCAAAGCUGAGACUAUCUACCGCCAUGUACGAGCGUAUGCUACCCAAUGAAUCUUUCAACUUGGCUCUCAGUAGCGACGAUGGUGGCGUUCCUAUUGUACCCGAGCCGACGUUCGCGCGUCGACAACCGAAAGAAGGACAUGCCACGAAAAUCAAGAAGAUUUUAUUCGUUGCGGAGGCGGUGUCUUUGAUCGUGAUGGCUGGUCAGCUCUACAUGGCCGUAGUACGUGCUUCAAGCACGCCGGUCGAGCUUUCGUGUGCAAAUGGCUCGUUGUGCGACACGGUCAAGUCGAGUGUGAGUCUCCUUCACCUGUUCCAGUGCGUUUGCGUAUGGGUAUUGCUGUGGACAUUCCGAGGGAUGCGGAAGAAGAGCGUCAUCCCGCGCCCAAUUGUAUGAACUGAGCAAGCACGACAUCAAUGCAAGCGUGUGGGUUACUGUAGAAAUCGUAUGCACAAGAUUUUUUAUUGACGUACCGGUAGAUAGCUAAUACUAAAUUUUAGUUUGAUUGAAACAAAA